AUGAUGGGAGCGGCACGGGUAAAACGCCGCUUCAGUGCUGUGGUGGAUGGGCCAGUGGAGGAGGAGGAGGUCAUGAGGCUGGCACAGAGUGCUGCAGAUACGGCUAGGGCAGGGGGGAGUCCAACAGGGUCAGCGACCCCAACCAGUCCUUCCCCGACCCAUGCCCUAAACGGCAAAACUCUAACUCUCCAGAGCAACACCAACAAUGUGCGGAGGCAGAGUGCCACUGGAGUUGGGGGAGAUGCAGGAGAAGGUGGGGUGAGAGCAGGAGGAAUGUGCUCAGGGAUAAGGAGUGUAAGAGGCAGUAGUGGAGGGGGAAGAGGAAAAGGCCGUUCAUCCUCGGACAAAGAUUCACUCUCUUCCCCCUCCACCACCAACCGCCGGCGCACCAGGCGCUCAAGCCGUAGGCCCCGACAACGCUUUGUGAGCAAGGACGGCCGCUGCAACGUCACCUUCGUCAACAUGAGCGAGAGGGGCCAGCGCUACCUCAGCGACCUCUUCACCACUUGUGUGGACAUCCGCUGGCGCUGGAUGCUGGUCAUCUUCACCCUCUCCUUCCUUCUCUCCUGGCUGCUUUUUGGAUUUGCCUUCUGGCUCAUCGCCUCCGUGCAUGGGGACCUCUCCAUUCGGCUUACCCCCAGCUCAGGUUCCUCUCCGGGAUCAGGAGAGGCCGGGUCUGGAGGAGAGUCUGAUAGAGAGGCAGUGGUUGAGGAGCCGUGCUUCUUCCAGGUUAACAGCUUCAUGGCAGCCUUUCUAUUUUCCUUGGAGACACAGACAUCAAUUGGUUAUGGCUAUAGAAGCGUGACCGAAGAAUGUCCUCUGGCGGUGAUGGCGGUCAUUUUGCAGUGCAUUGUGGGCUGCAUUAUCGACGCCUUCAUCAUCGGGGCAGUUAUGGCAAAGAUUGCUAAGCCCAAGAAACGCAACGAGACACUGGUGUUCUCUGACGCAGCUGUGGUGGCACUGAGGGACGGGAAACUUUGCAUGAUGUGGAGGGUCGGAAACCUACGCAAGAGCCACCUGGUAGAGGCACAUGUUCGAGCACAACUACUGAAGCCAAGGGUGACAGAGGAGGGAGAGUUCCUCCCGCUGGACAAUAUGGACAUCAACGUGGGUUUUGACAACGGCACCGACCGCAUCUUCUUGGUCUCGCCAGUGACAAUUGUCCACGAGAUCAACGACGAGUCACCCUUCUUUGAGAUCGACCAAAAGACCCUGGAAAACGACUCUGAAUUGGAAGUGGUGGUCAUACUCGAGGGCAUGGUGGAGGCCACUGCCAUGACCACACAGUGCCGUAGCUCCUAUCUGGCUUCGGAAAUUCACUGGGGACACCGAUUCGAACCAGUGCUAUUCGAGAGGAAAGACUGCUACCAGGUGGACUACUCGUUCUUCAAUCGAACAUAUGUAAUCCCGGACACACCUUCAUGCAGCGCUAAAGAGCUGGCCGAGCAGAAGUACAUUCAAAGCUCACGCUCGUCAUUCUGCUAUGAGAACGAAGUUGCUCUGCAACUCGUGUCCCCUGAUAAAGAGCCUGGCCUAGACCCUGAGUGUCCCUCCCCACCAACCCGAAGGCAAUCCCUUGCAGAACAUCUCCACUACAACUGAACCUGUGGGAUAGGAGGUCUUAGGGGAAAAGAGGCAGGAAUUUGACCCAGAGGUUUAGAGGACAGGCAAAAAGAGAGGGUUAGACAGGUAGGAAUGGGCAGACCAAGGGAAACGGGAUUAAAAGGAAAUGGGGCCAGUGUCAGGAUAAAUCGUUAGGAAGCGACAUUGUCUACAGGGAUUGGACAGUAAAGAAAGUCCAGAACAGCUGCAAGUCAAGAGAUCCAUUCGAACAUUUUGCGAGAUUGAGAUUAGUGCUACUAUACAGAUUAGAUUGCUCAGAGAAAUAUAAAGGAAAUGGAGAGAUAGAGACAGUGGGAUGUUUUGGGUCAGUCAUUUCAGGAGCAGGAUUUUUACACUGGUUUAGUUGUCUGAUUGGUCCUGGCAAUCUUUCUGGAUCAUUGAAAACUUGUCUCACAUCUGGCCCGUCACACCACAACACACCCAUCUGGCUCUAAUACUGAAGUGGCAGAAUAUACAAGAGCACCCCGUGGUGGCUCUACCAUGCAACUGCACCUCCAGUUUUAUGAUCUCUCUUUGAGGUGCUUCUGUAUGAAAGGAAUGGCAGUGUACCUUCUGAGGUACAACUCAGGAAUGUAUUCCACUAUGAUGCUGACUUAUCAAUAUAAUGUUUUAUUUUCGUAUGGUAAGUAUGGAUAGUGCACAUUUUGUGAUACUUUGAGCUUUGUGGAGUUGUUGAGAAUGUAGUGAAGUAUUAGGCAAGGCUACUUGUAGAGCCAAAGCAGAGCAACAGUAACAUGGAGAAACAGCUAAAAACUAGCAGCAGUUUUGAGCAGUUUCUUUUCCAUUUUAUGUACUGUAUGUUGUUGUUUUUGGUCUUUUUUUUUCCUGUGUCAUGCAAAAAAUGUUCACUGAUUUUAACAUUUGCUUCAUUUAAUCCAACAUGUUGUGUUGAGUUGAAUGCC